AUGGAGAAUUACGUCACGCAGAUUUCCCGAGACGACCUGGAAGACCUGAGAGAGGCCUUUAAUAAGAUCGACAUCGAUAACAGCGGCUACGUGAGUGACUAUGAGCUUCAUGAGCUGUUCAGGGAGGCCAGCUUCUACCUGCCGGGCUACCAGGUGAGAGACAUCAUCGAGACCUUCGUCGCCGGAGACACAAACAAGGACGAGAAGAUCAGCUUUGAGGAAUUUGUCGGAAUCUAUCAAGAACUGAAGAGCAAACAGCUCAGUGAGACAUUUAGGAAAAGCAUCACCAGGAGAGAUGGGAUCUGCUCCUUUGGAGGACUGUCAAGGAUCUCCAACGAGGGAACACAGCACUCCUACCGUGAUGAGGAGAAGGUAGCUUUUGUGAAGUGGAUCAACAAAUCUUUGGCAAAAGAUCCAGACUGCGAACAUCUGCUGCCCAUGAACCCAGACGAUGACAGCCUCUUCUCCUCUGUCCGCGAUGGCAUCCUGCUAUGCAAGAUGAUCAACCUCUCUCAGCCCGAAACAAUCGACGAAAGAGUCAUCAACACCAAGAAGCUCACCACCUUCACGAUGAGAGAUAAUGUGGUCUUGGCCUUGAACUCAGCCUCAGCGAUCGGCUGCACGGUGGUGAGCAUCGACGCUCAUGAUCUGAUGGCCGGGAAACCUCAUCUGGUCCUGGGAAUGAUCUGGCAGAUUAUCAAGGUCGGCCUCUUUGCUGAUAUAAAAAUCAGCAGGAAUGAAGGUCUGAUCAGCCUCCUGUUACAUGGAGAAGAACUGGACGAUCUGUUGUCUCUGUCACCGGAGGAGCUGCUGCUCCGUUGGGUCAACCAUCAUCUACGCAACGCCGGGACAGACACCAUUAGCAACUUCAGUGAUGACAUCAAGGACUCGCGGGCCUACUUCUACCUGCUGAGCCAGAUCGCCUCAGAAGAAGUGCAUGGAUUCAGAAGAGUCCAAAUUGACAUGAAUGGCCUCAAUGAGAGGAAUUUGGAGCACAGAGCUGAGCUGAUGCUGCAGCAGGCGGCCAAACUGGACUGCAGGCAGUUUGUUUCUGCUCUGGACGUCACAUCUGGAAACAGCAAACUGAACAUGGCCUUCGUGGCGAACAUGUACAACAUGCAUCCUGGACUGCAAAAGAGUCACUUCAAUGGCAUCGAGACGGUUCACGUCGAGGAGACCAAAGAAGAGAAAACCUUUCGCAACUGGAUGAACUCUCUUGGCGUCUCUCCACAUGUCAACUAUCUUUACAGGGACCUGUGUGAUGCUCUGGUGAUUCUGCAGCUUUAUGAAAAGGUCAAUGUGGAUGUGAACUGGAAGAGAGUGAACCGUCCUCCUUAUCCCGUCCUGGGGAAAAACAUGAAGAAGCUGGAGAACUGUAACUAUGCAGUGGAGCUGGGCAGGGAGGUAGCUCAGUUCUCUCUGGUUGGAAUUGGAGGACAAAACAUAAAUGAAGGGAGUCCUCUGCACACCCUGUCACUGGUCUGGCAGCUGAUGAGGAGGUACACAGUUAUGGUUUUGUCAGAUCUGGGCACUGGAGAGAGGGUCGGAGAUCAGAUCAUCCUGGACUGGGUCAACACCAUGCUGAGCCAGAAACAGAAGAAAACACAGAUCAACAGCUUCAAGGACCAGCUGAUCAGCACCAGUCUGCCAGUGUUUGACCUGAUCGACGUCAUCGCUCCCGGUUCAGUCAAGUGGGACAUGGUGAAGAAAGGAGACAGAAAAGGAAUGAGCGACGAUGAUAAACACAACAAUGCCAAGUAUGCAAUCUCGUUGGCUCGUAAGAUCGGCGCUCGUGUCUACGCUCUGCCCGAUGAUUUGGUGGAGGUGAAUCCCAAGAUGGUGUUGACGCUGUUCGCCUGCCUCAUGGGUCAUGGAAUGAAAAAGGCCGACCGCUAAAACAGACAUGAACAAACCUAAAGAAAAACAACCAAUAUGCAUAUCAUUUCUUUUUUUUUUCAUCCUUUAUUAUCAUUGUAAUCAUCUUUUUCUUUGACAUAUAACUUUGUGGUAAUCACCAGACAGAACGAGGCAUUCUGUUGUUCUUUUAAAAACUGUAAACUUUACCUAAAAAUCUUUUCUCAUCAGCAGAGCAUUUAUUUAUGUGAUUUUACAGAACAAGCUUCUAAUUGUUCUUUGCUUUAUUAUAUUUAAUAAGAUAUUACUAUUCUAUUUACUUCUUCUGUGAUAUGAUAGAAGACAUAGCAAACACUCUUUCAGCAAACACUUUAAGUCUGUAAAUGUUGUGCAUUAAAUAUUGCUAUUUAAUU